AUGAACAGCGCGAAUGAUGGCUCAGUCAAAAAGUACGUGUCCCAGCGACGUACGGUGGAUAUGAGCUCGCCCUAUGAUCGGUUGUAUUUCUACAAGAAGCAUGCCAUUCCCCUGCGGACAAUACAGCCAGAGUCCACCUAUACGGCAGACAUUAUGCCGCCAGACGCCUACCGGGAUCACCGACGUGUGCUUAAUAUCCCAACCAAGUUCACACAUCUGUCGUCGAACAAAGUGAAGCACGUGAUCCCUGCCAUUACAUGGACCCCGGAGGGCCGGCGGCUAGUCGUGGCAACUUACAGCGGCGAGUUCUCGCUGUGGAAUGGCUCGUCAUUCAACUUCGAGAGUAUCAUGCAGGCUCAUGAUUCGGCGGUUACGGUUAUGCAGUACUCUCACGCUGGCGACUGGCUAAUCAGCGGAGACGCGGACGGGACAAUCAAAAUCUGGCAGCCCAACUUUAACAUGGUGAAGGUGCUCGACCGUGCGCAUACGGAAUGUAUGCGCGAUAUCUCCUUCAGUUACAGCGACCAGAAGUUUGUCACCUGUUCCGACGACAACGUCUUGAAGAUCUGGAACUUCAGCAAUGGUCAGCAAGAACGAGUGCUCUCCGGCCAUCACUGGGACGUCAAAAGCUGCGACUGGCAUCCCAAGAUGGGAUUGAUUGUGUCCGGAUCGAAGGACAACCUGAUCAAGCUGUGGGACCCGCGAACAGGCCGCAACGUAUCAACCAUACUGGGACUGAAGCAUACCGUUAUAAAAACUAAGUUCCAGCCCACACAAGGCAACCUUCUCGCGGUUGUCUCCAAGGACAAGAGCAUCAAAAUCUACGAUAUGAGGCAGCAUAUGCGUGAACUGCAGACCAUCCGUGACGACAUGGACUAUAUGUCCCUUUCGUGGCAUCCAAUUAACGAAACCAUAUUUUCCGUGGGCUGCUACAAUGGUGCAAUCAAGCAUUUUGAUCUCUUGCAUGAUAAUAGCAACUCGACCCCCGCAUGUCACACAAUACCAUAUGCACAUGAAAAGUCGGUGACAUCUCUGGCCUACAGUCCUGUCGGCCAUAUACUGGCUAGCGCGGCAAAAGAUAGAACUAUCCGUUUCUGGGCUCGCUCUAGACCAGUGGACCCCAACGCCUUUGACGACCCUACCUACAAUAAUAAAAAAGUCAAUGCUUGGUAUUUUGGUAUUAACAACAAUAUCAACGCAGUCCGUCCCAAAACGGAACAUGGUAUCGCAUUACCCCCUGCUAACGAGACCAACCUGGGGACCCCACAGCCUUCUAUACUGGGAUCUGAGAGCAUUGCUGCAAAUAAUGGCAAUGUGCCUGCCUCUGGUUUGCCGGGUUUAAGCUUUUAA